UAACUCUUCUUUCAACAUUGUCGGCUAGAUUAUUCCCCAUUUCUUUCUGAAAAAUUAGGGUUUGCGUGUUCUCAUCUUUCGUGUUCUCUUUCCUUCGCCGCGUGUAAUCGAAUCAGACAGAGAGAAAGAUGGGUGGAGGAAACGCGCAGAAAUCGAAGAUGGCUCGUGAGAAAAAUCUCGAGAAGGCAAGGCAGGCUGGAAAAGGAAGCCAGUUGGAAGCGAACAAGAAAGCUAUGUCCCUUCAGUGCAAGGUUUGUAUGCAAACAUUCAUCUGCACUACAUCGGAAGUGAAAUGCAGGGAGCACGCUGAGGCCAAGCAUCCUAAAGCCGAUGUUGUCGCUUGCUUCCCACAUCUCAAGAAGUGAUGAAACUAUCAUCUCUCGCAAAGAAAAGGAUUCCAAUGUAAAUGUAUGGGUCCUUCUUCUACUAUGUUUGUAUUAUCAAAGUCUUUAAGUGUCUUGUGUCAACAAGAUAAUGGUUCUGUUUCUCUUUCUACUCAAGACUUUUUCAACAAUAAGUCUCUUGCUAUUAUAAUUAUAUAUGCGAUGAAACUUUCAAUA